AUCGCGGUACCUGUGCAGUCGGGACGCCAUCCUGUCCGUCGUUGCGUAGGUUUCGAGCUCGCCGGCUGGUUGGAAGCGAGGAGGAGCUUUCUUACCGGCAGAAGCUCCCACUGGGACACGUCUAGAGGUGUCCGAACGUCUCCUGGGUUCAAUUUUAAAUAAAAGAUGGACUGGACUGGAAAACAUAAUGGACCAAAUGAUACAACUAAUGAUGGAACAGUGGUACGACUUCGAGGCCUGCCAUUUGGUUGCAGCAAAGAAGAGAUUGUUCAGUUUUUCCAAGGGUUGGAAAUCGUGCCAAAUGGGAUAACAUUGACGCUGGACUACCAGGGGAGAAGCACAGGGGAGGCCUUCGUGCAGUUUGCUUCAAAGGAGAUAGCAGAAAAUGCUCUGGGGAAACACAAGGAAAGAAUAGGGCACAGAUACAUUGAGAUCUUCAAAAGUAGUAAGAGCGAAAUCAGAGGAUUCAGUGACAUGCCAAGAAGAAUGAUGGGACAACAACGACCUGGACCAUAUGAUAGACCAUUAGGAGGAAGAGGGGGUUAUUAUGGAGCUGGGCGUGGAAGUAUGUAUGACAGAAUGCGUCGAGGAGGUGGUGGAUAUGACGGUGGGUAUGGUGGCUUUGAUGAUUAUGGUGGUUAUAAUAACUAUGGCUAUGGAAAUGAUGGCUAUGAUGACAGAAUGAGGGAUGGGAGAGGCAUGGGAGGACAUGGCUAUGGAGCUGCAGAUGCUGGGUCCGGUUUCCAUGGUGGUGGUCAUUUUGUUCAUAUGAGAGGACUCCCUUUUCGAGCAACAGAAAAUGAUAUUGCUAAUUUUUUCUCACCAUUGAAUCCCAUAAGAGUUCACAUUGAUAUUGGAGCAGAUGGAAGAGCCACAGGAGAGGCAGAUGUGGAAUUUGUUACACAUGAGGAUGCAGUAGCUGCCAUGUCCAAGGAUAAAAAUCACAUGCAGCAUCGGUAUAUUGAGCUAUUCCUGAAUUCAACUGCUGGAGGUGGUUCUGGCAUGGGAGGCUAUGGCAGAGAUGGAAUGGAUCAAGGUUAUGGCUCUGUUGGUAGAAUGGGGAUGGGUAGCAACUACAGCGGUGGAUAUGGAACGCCCGAUGGCUUGGGCGGAUACAGUCGUGGCAGUGGAAAUAGUGGAGGAUACUAUGGGCAAGGCAGCAUGGGUGGAGGAGGAUGGCGUGGAAUGUAUUGAAGGAUAGCCUUGCUUCUGCAAAACAUCCUGGAAAAAACAGUCUCUGGUCUACUAGACUUUCUUACAAAAUUUAAUUUCUUUUGUAUUUUAAGAACUUUAUAAUGACUGAAGGAAUGUGUUUUCACAAUAUUAUUUGGUAAGCAACAGAUUGUGAUGGGAAAAUCUGUUUUCUGUAGGUUUUAUUUGUUGCAUACUCUGACUUUAAAUAAAUUUUUAUAUUCAAACCACUGAUGUUGAUACUUUUUAUACUAGUUACUCCUAAGGAUGUAUUACAUAUUCAAGA